AUGACUACUUUAUCAAACGAAAACUUUUCUUUUGAUCAAGCUGAAUCCGGCCAAUUUGAAAAUACACCAAAGAGUUUCAGAGAAGUCUUGAAGGAUUACCUUUUACCCGGACAACAGACGAGAGGGGAUCGUCUCGCAUUACAACCCAAUUAUGAUUAUACAAGCAAGAAAGAACAAUAUCAAAUUUCGAUUAGUCAUGAUGGAAAAUUUGUUGCAACGCUCGACACAGAAAAUCUUCGGAUUAAGGUUUUAAGAAAUACUGAUUACCGCGGAAGUCACCGAAAGAAAGAGAAAGACCUCUCACAACAGAAUGCAAGUGAAAAUAUUGAUGAGCGAAUUGCGCUUUUUAAAAUAAAUAACAAUUUAACUGUUAAUAAAAUUUACGGGAAAAAUGAAACGCCUCCACGAUUUGACAAUGAGAAUAAUGAUUACAUUUCCAAUACCGACGAAUUAUCUGGAACAAUCAAUAAUAACAAUCGUUUCAGAUGGUCGCUGGAUAUAUCAAACAUGGAUGAAAAAUUUCUUUUUGUAGCAGUAUCUUACAUAGACAUUGAUGAAGAUAUGAAAUGUUUAGAAAAAAGGAGCAAAUGUCAGAUGUUUAAUUAUAAGAAAAUUAAAAUGCAGGAGGCAACUUAUAAUGAGAAAAGCAAUAGCUACACGAUUAAUAUCCCUCAUGAUACUCAGGAAUUUCGGAAGGGAAUUGCGAUCUAUCGUCUUAGAUUAAAGAUAUCAAAGAAUGGCAUGGAGGAAAAAUUUAUACUUGAAAAAGGGUAUUAUUGGAAUAAUUUAUCGGGAAUUUGUCGAUUUAUAGAAAACUUUGAUCCAACGUCGAUUUCUAAUAAAAUUGAUACUCCGCAUUAUAUUUUGACAAGGUUUAUUACUUUGAACUUUGACGGAAUAUUUAACUUUGUAUAUAACAAGUCAAAUAAGAAUUUUCAUUUGAAUGAAAGGUUUAAUUAUCCGAAAAUUAUCAAGAAUGAAUUAAAGAAUUGGCAUACAAAACAAAAUUUACCUGAUUGCAUGGACCGCCUUGUAUCGUGCAUUUAUGAUAAAUAUUUUUUGGUCGAACAUUAUAAAAACAACGCUCAAUUUCUUGAAGUUUAUGAUCUGGCGAACAUGAAAUUAGAAAGUAGUGCGAAAAGAAUCGUAAGUAAUGAUAACUGCAUAAAAAAGUACAACAGAAAUACCUUUUCAAUUGAUAAACAGAAAUUGCAGCUUUGUUUUACUCGAGGACAAUCCGUUGAAAUAUACUUUAUGGAGAACGGCUUGGAGAUCUCGUCCAGAAAUUUUGAAGAACUUGAAAAAAUAUAUUUUCUAGAAUUUAUCGAAAAUGAUGAGAAACUACUUUUGAUUGGCAGCGAUGAAAAUAAUAAUCAAAAUAUGAUUGUCUGGGAUUUGUAUAAUACCGAUAAGAUUGAAAUAUUUCGUUUAGAAAACGAUCUUAUAAUACAAAAUUUUGAUACUCACUUGGCCAGAACUUCAGGAAAUCUUUUGCGGGUUGAUAAUAAAGGAGAUAUUACCUCAAUGCUCAAGAUGAUCGAAAAUAAAUUAAAGGAGGAAACAAGGGAGGAAAUUAAUAAAGCAAAUUUAGUAGAAUAUAUUGCAGAAAUUGAAAAAGAACCUAUACAUAAAGAAUAUUUGUAUCAGGAAAGGCACACAAUAUUUUUUUUUGAUUCCUAUGAAGAAAAUAAUUUCAGACCAUUAAUUAAUGAAACAGAACCAUGGGUAAUGGACAAUUACGACGAAUAUUCUUUUUAUCUUUGUAAUGAUGAAAUAGAGGCUUUGCAGCUGAUAGUUGGAAGAUCUACCAUUCAAAUCUGGCAUAAAAUUAUAUCAGAUCCAAAAGAAAAAGAGAAGGAGAAUCUUCCCAAUCAAGGAAAUCCCUUCCUAGAAUUUAUUUGGACGAAUGGUAUUCCAGUUAAACAAGAAUAUUUUGGCAUUGAAGAAAAAAUGAAAAAUAUGGAAGAGAUUAAAGGAAAAUCAUUGAAAACAAGAAAAGUAAAGUGGGAUGAUAUAAAUGAGAAUAUAAUGGGCAUAAGAUAUGCAUGCAAAUCAUUAGAGCACCUUAAUAAGCGUGCGAGGUCUCUUGUAAAUUAUGAUAGAAAGCAUAAAUAUGAGAAUAUGGUUAUGUACAUUAAUCAUAUAGUUUGGAGAUAUAUUAAUCAUAAGCCAGAUCAAUAUAGAUUACUAGAUGUUCGACAUAAUGUUAUGAAAAAUUUAAUCCUUGGUGACUGUGAUCAUUUAAUUAAAUUUAUUUUAUUUGGAAGUAAAGAAUACGAAACGAAAGAAGAUAAAUAUAUACAGGCCGACGAUCUUGAGCCUUUUGAUAACGAAGAAGAUUCAAAAGAUAUUGAAGAAAUACUGCCAAGAAAUGAUAUGGAAUUGGCGAUUUAUCAUUGCAAAGGACGGGAACUAAGGGACACAAUUAUGGUCGCAUAUCUUUUGGAAUAUUAUUCGAGACAUGCAAAAGAUUAUGCUGGUUGGAUGAGUACUGUUUCCAAGUCGCUUCCUUUGUUAUAUAAAUAUGAUUAUGAUGAUUAUACCAGAAAGUUAUUUCGUAAAGAAUGCUUUGCGGAUCAAAAUCAUUUUUCGGCACAAGAUUCUCAUGAAAUUAUUCCAAAAAAAUACAAUAUAAAACGUAAUAAUAAUCCUGAAUUCAAGGCGUUUAAACCUAUAGACAAAUUGAAGUCGGAUAGAGAAUCAUACAAUUCAAAUUGGAAAGCAAUAAAAUCCGUUAAAAAUAAAGUGUCCAUAUGGCUUGAAAACUUUGAUAAUGCUAAUGGAAAACCACCAUUAGCUUUACGAGUCGUACCCCUUCCCGGAUUUACCACACAUACAAUCAAAUCAGAAAGAGUUGAUUAUUCUCUUAGAAAAAAUAUUAUGAACAUUAUUUGGUUUUUGUUAUUACCACGAUGGUAUAAAAUUAGCCGAAAUGAAAAGGAUAAGUUGAGUCCAUUUUCAAGAGUUAUUCGAUACGAGAAUAAUGAUGAUAUGUUCGAUAACCCGGCGACAGAAGCAGUCAUUAAUUUUUGUUGGCCAAAAGCAAGAAAUUUUUUUUUCUUUCGUUUUAUUCGAUUUCUUAUUUUUGGAUCUAGUUUUGCGUAUAUUAGUUGGGCAUAUUUAGUUCAUAAUGAUGAUAGUUUAGAAUUUAUAAAUUAUAUAAUUGCAUCUAUUAUUGUAUUCUAUUAUUAUGCAAUUUAUUUUUCUAUUGCCAAAAUGAUACAGCUACAAUAUUAUGGAGUGAGGAAAUUUUUUAGCGAUACAUUUAAUUAUUUUGAUAUAUGUUCAAUUUUAAUUCCAGUAAUAGUAAUGUCAAUAAUGCUUAUAAAUUCAUUUAAAUUAUCCGAUGGCUUUGAAAAUAUUCAAGCUGCAGACUCUCAAUUAGUUAUAGGAAUAUCCUUCUCAAUUUUAUUAAUUUGGAUAGAAGUAAUUUUAUAUCUCCGUUUAAUAUCAAAUAUUGCUAUCUACAUUUAUUAUGUUUUGAAUAUUUGCAUAUCUAUAUAUCCAUUUCUUUUAUUCUUAUUAACUAUAGUCAUUGCAUUUACGCAUACAAUGUACAUAUUGCUAAAAGAUCCAAAUAUUGAAGCAAGAGAUAGUACAAUAAGUGGUAUUGCCACUUCUCAAAACACUAAUGAUGUUUUUAAUGUGCAACUUGUAAAUGAUUUUGAUCGUACGGAUUACGAAGACAAUCCAUAUUCUUACUUUCCAACCGCGUUAGAAGCUUCAUAUUUUUGGUUAAAUGGUAACUUUGUUCAAAGAGAUGAUUUUGAUUCGUGGGCUGUUGAGGCAUUUACUUUAAUUGCUAGCAUCAUGCUUGUAACCAUUUUACAGAAUAUUUUAAUUGCUAUUAUGGGCGGUGUUUAUGGUGAAGCAGCAACCAAGGGCAGACAAGCUUUAUUAAGGUUUAGAGCAAACCAAAUAGCAGAUUAUGAGGCAUUACAUCACCUUCACUUUCAACAUCAGGAACCGGAACCAAAAUACAUUUAUUAUAUCGGCCAAGCCAAAAAUUUUGAGGAAUGGUACAAGAGUCGAAAGGGUGAUCGAGGUCAGAUUUAUAAAGAAUUUGAAGAAAAGUCCACAUUUACAAGAUACAAUUUCAAAGAAUCAAGUAUUGACGAAGUUUCAAUUUGGAAAUUUGAUGAUAAACAUAAGAAUGAUAAGAAGAAGGAAAAAAAGGCCGAGAAAAUUUUAAAAUCAGCAAAAUCAACGGAUAUAGAAGAGGAAUUGUCCAAAGGGAAACAUUCCGCGCAAGGUACAAUUGGAAAGAAUGAUGAAGUUAUUGAUAAGGAAAUUCAGGAAAUUGAACAAUUGAGACAUGACAUGAAUUCUUUGGUUGAUAAAUUAAUAGGCAAACUCAACAGUCAGAAAUUUAAAUGA